AUGAUAUUUUCCUUUUUUUAUUCAAGUAAAAAUAGACUAGAUCGUAAAAGGCUUCCAUUACAACAAACAAGAUCUGAAAAUUAGUCUCCUUCUAAUUACCCUCAUAUUUAUUAAACUUAACCUAGAAAACAAUAAAUAUGUGUUUAAAUAUAAAAGAAUGAUAAAUCAGAUGAAACUGAUGAAGAAGAUAUAAAAUCGAGCAGAGAUUGCUUUCUAUAAAUAGGAACUUCAGAAGCAAGCAAAUUAAUUAAUCAUAAAAAUAGAAUUAAAUUAAGAAGUGUCUCAAUGUAGAAAAAACAAAUUCAAUAUAUGCAAUUUCGAGAAUUUGAUAAUUUGGAUUAAAUUGCUGAAGAAUAACUAUAACUACAGUUUUAAAAUUUAGCAGUUCAUGUAGGUUAAUUUCAGCAUCCUUGA